CUCCCCGGUUCUUGCAGAGCCAUUCAUUGUCCGAGUGAAGACUGUGCGAACGUGUUAGUAACCACAGGCCAGUCGAGAUGGAAAGGAUUUUUUUGAUUUUGGCGUGCGCGUGCGCCGUUGCUUUUGCACAGUAUUCAGGACCCGGAGUUUGUAAGGAAUUGAAUGAACGCCACCCAGUAUCUGGUAGCUGCGACAGAUACAUAGAAUGCAUUAACGGAACAGCCGAAGAGAAACUGUGCCCCGACGGCCUCCGCUUCAAUCCCAAUGUGAACUUCGACGUGUAUCCCUGCCAAUACCCUAACGAGGUGGCGUGUCUCGAACGAUCCGCGUUACAACCUCCCCAGCCUACAGCGGAUUGUCCUCAUCAAUUCGGCUACUUCAAAAUCGGUGACGCUCGCAACUGCAGCGGGUUCAGGACUUGUGUGAACGGCGUAGGUUAUGACUUCGUGUGUCCCGACGGUUUAGCUUUCAGUUCAGAGACCUACCGCUGUGAAUGGCCCGAUGAAGUUGCCGACUGCGACGCUGAAGCUUUCGUCGGAUUCCGAUGCCCCGAGGUUCCCAUAUCAAAGGAGCUUGGCCCACCCGCCGGCUUCCGAUUCUACGGGUCAGACAACGACUGCCAGAAAUACUUCCUUUGCAUCGACGGUCGCCCACGAGUGUUGUCCUGCGGCGGAGAAUCCGGUUUCGAUGAACUGACCUCAUCAUGCGUGUCUGCUGAUGAAGUACCUACCUGCCCACCCGAACUCAAGGCUGCUGCUGCCAAUACCAAGGAACUACAAAAACAAUAUUUAGCUAAAGAACUCGAAUUCAACGCGCUACAAGCUAAGAGGAAAGCGUUAGCUUAAGAUUCAUCCUGUACUUUACUGUUUUCGGAUAGUAAUGUGUUAAUAUCUUAGUACCUAGUCUAAUAAACAAUAAAUGUCUAGUCUAAAUUGAGUUACCGUUAACAAAUCUGUAAGUAAAUUACAUUAAGUUGGUGAUGUUCGGAUUUGACUAAACAUGUUUUUUUCUAUUCCUGCUGAAUAAUAACAUUUCUUGUUCAGUAACUGUUUAUGCCGUAACAAAUUGUAAAUUGAUUUAGUACAUAUAUGCAUUUUUUUUGUGGUAAAAUUAUUCAUUAAUAGAAACAGGUUUUUAU